UGCUCUCGCAUGUGUGUGUGCGAAAAUUCCCACCACAAGAAAACACAAAAAGGAUUCAGUCCAGAGGAAAGUAAAAGUGAAAAACAAGGAUAUCUUUUGACAGUUUUCAGGUGAAAAAGGUGUUGUGCAAGCGAAAAAUUCAACAGAAAUGGAAAUCGACGCGGACUCCCAGAAGCUGGUUCUCGAUUUGUCGAAAAAAUGCCUAAAGAAGAUUCCCAAAACGGACGACGCACAGCAGUACAAAGUGCUGAUCCUGGACGACAAUGAACUGCAGAAGAUUGACAAUAUCGAUUCAUAUCUUAAGAUUGAAAAGUUAUCGCUAUGUAAAAAUCAACUGCUCCGGAUGUACGGCGUUUGCCGACUGCACUGCUUGCGGGAGCUGAACCUUGCCUAUAAUGGAAUUUUAACCAUCGAGGGACUGAAGGAUUUGGUUCACUUGACGCACCUCAAUCUGGAAGGGAAUAACAUUAAAACUAUCGAGCAUCUGAACACCAAUACCAGUCUGGAGUAUUUGAAUCUGUCGGAGAAUAGCAUCGGAAUCAUUUCGGACAUUUCGUUCCUGAAAAACUUGAAGGAACUAUACCUGAAUGGUAACAGGGUCGCUCACUUGAGACAAUGCGACAAGUAUCUGCCCCAUUCGCUGGAAACGUUAACGUUGGCAAAGAAUAACAUUUCCGAUCUGAACGAAAUGUGCACGCUGAGCCAUUUGAAUAAUCUCAACAGCAUCACGAUAGCGGAUAAUCCCUGUGUUCAGAUGACUGGGAAUUCAAUUGGAUUUGACUACCGACCCUUCGUGCUAAACUGGUGCAUGAGCGUUAAGAUGAUUGACGGGUUCGUUGUGACGGCUAUCGAAAGUUUAAAAGCCGAAUGGUUGUACAGCCAGGGACGUGGUCGCCAGUUUCGGGUGGGUGAACAGGUCGCCUUGGCACGUUACCUGAGCACGGUUUGCCCGCUGUCCGGCGAAGCGUUGGAGAACGAAAACGAACGCAAGCUGAGGCUGAUUUUGAGCAAAGCUCAGCAGCACCAGCGGCAGUUGCAGGAACAAAGUUCCGGUGGGGGAGGAGAUGGAACCACUACGCCCGUCAGUAACUCACCGUCAUCGCUGAGGCGAAAAGGACAAAGCCGAAUACAGUCCCCUAGAGUGACUCGACUGAGCGGUCGUCAGCACUCGCCGGAUACCAUGUCCAGUAGCUAUCACGGAAACACUUCCACCAACUUGAUGACCUCCAGCACGAUUGAAAACACCAGUGGUGGGAAUCAACUGUUUGAACUUACAAAAUCGCUUAUCGACAACAUCACGUCGGAUAAUAUCAUGUCCCAAAGUCUCGAUCCGAAUAUGCUGAAUACCUCCGGAAACAAUAACAGUAACCCUAUGACUGCUUCAAUGCACGAAAGCAUUGUUUUGUCGAAACAGCAAGUCAACGUUGGUGGCGCCAAUCUAUACAACGAUCAACCACCGGCCGGUCAGGUCAUCAUGGGUGGCCCAUUGGCAGCCGCAUCGAAAAUGGUCCCCGUGCCGGAGUCGCUGAUGAGCCCGGACUGUGGUCCGACCACCUCGCCGGCAACGAUUGUGCAGCGGAACAUGCAGAAUUGUGCCAACCAGCCGCAACCGCAAACGCCGCAGAUUCCGAAAGCGAUCAAAACCAAAGAUAAUACCCGUGCUGCAGGCAUACCGACAAGUGCUACCAAGAGUUCAAGCCCGCGUCCAACAAAACGCAGCACUUCCACCAAUAAUAGCACUAGCAACAGUGUCAGCAGCGAGCGUUCCUCACCUUCGCUUUCUCCUCGUAAGACUCUGACCAACGUCAGCAAUAGUCACUCUAGGGCGCUGUCGGCCCAAUCGAAAGGUUCUGCUCAUGGUGCCCAGGCCACUCCACCGGACGGUGGUUCCAGUAAUGCCGUAAGCUCGGACGAAGACAGCGAGGCUAUCAAUAUUGACAAGCUGAAAACCAUUCGAAACAAGGCCGCCCAGCAAAGUGGUCAAACAUUCGUUAAAACCAAAGAGAAAGACAUCGUGGAUGGUGCCACGAUUAUCAACAACAAAACCACCGAAAACUCAGCCAUAGUCAUUCAGAAAAUCUGGCGCGGCUAUCGAACACGGAAGAGAGGCCAGAACAUCGCGGACAUUCUGCAGAAGAAGCGAACGCAAGAUUACAUUUUGAAACUGACCAAAGAUAUGGAAAUGACGAAAACCGCGCUGGAAAACGAGCGCAAGAUACAGCAGCUGCAGAUGCAAGCCAUCAACGCACUGUGGAAGAAGGUAUCCGCCAUGCAGCCGAGCCAAGCUGCCAACGGAACGACCGACACUAUGAAGCUAGAUGUGAUCAACAACGAAAACAGCUCGGUGCUUGUGGUGCAAGAUCUGACCAAGACGUGCUCCAUGCUAAUGAAUCAGGUGCAACAGUUACAAACAUCCGUCAAGGACAUUGUAACGUGCAUGCAGUUCUUUGCCAAUGCCAACAUGUCCGCUUCCACGAUGGAAACGUCGUCCAGCAGUCUCAAAGAUAGCUGCGAAACGCAAACGGAAAUUGUGGCAGUGCACACGCCGCAGGUCGAACAGUUGCCUGCGUUUCCUUUCAAAACGGUGGGCGCCGGCAGCAGUAAGUUGACAAGGCCUUCGUCUCUGCCAAUCAGUUCCUCGGAAACAUCACCAAAGAUAACCUCCCAGGAGGGCAAACCGAUCAUCGAGGAAGAGGAAGGCGGCUCCAAGGAGGAGGACCUUGUGGAAGUGGUCGAAAUCGAAGCGGAUCCGGGUGACACCGAGGAGAACGAUGAUGGCGAACAGAAGGAACUCGACGAAAAAGAACUCGAAGAGACAGGUAAACUGGUGAAGGUGGUUAACUAACUUUAAAGAAUUUGUAGUCGUCUAGUGGAAUAGUAGGUGGCUUCCCUAUCCUUACUCCCACUGCUCUCUGUGUAUAAUUGACUGUAUGUUCUAUAUUUGUGAAUGUGAUUGCUUUAACAGCUCGACUUCCAGUUCAGUUCGAAGUGUCCUGAAAAGAUGUUUUUAUUUUAUUGUGUUGAGUAAUUUUAAGUGUAAAUGUAAAACGCGGAUAUGCCACUGAUACUCUGUUGCUCUAAUGUUUUCGGAUCUCUUAGGAAGUAAUAGAAUACAUCAGUCAUUCGAAUAAUGAUCUCUUGAGGCAGCGGUUUUUUUGUUGAAAAUUUACAAUCAAUCUGUUUUAGUUUGGCUAGAUUUUGCAGAAUUUUACGAGGGCAGGCUGUACAGUUAGAUCUUUUCUGUUUUAUUGUUUGAAGCUGAUUAUUUGCAGCUGAUAUGAUUCAAAGAACAGGAAGGAAAAAUGUUUUUUUUAAUAAAUUAGUUACUCAUGGCGCCAAUGAACAUCCUUUGACAGUCCAUCUGUAGCAGAACCAAUUACGCAACGGAGCUAUACUAAACCAUUAGUCUAUCUCAAAAUGAAAAGCAAACUUAUGUGUCUCGUGUGUCUCUGACAGACUUUGAUCUGCUUGAGAUUGAGAACAAUAAUUAUAACCUGGUGAAGAACGUUGAAACCACAGAUUCUUGGCUCCAGAAGGCUUUCCAGGAUAACGAUUUGAUUUUUCGUUUCGGUUUGUUGGACAAACUAAUGUCCGUGAAGCUCGAAAAGAUUGGAUCCGUUGAAGACUAUUUUGACGAAUUGGGGACGAUGGCGCAAAAUCUGGGCGAAGUCGGAUUCGAGAUACAUAUGAUCAGUAAUUGCUAUCAUUCAUUGAAAGGAUUACCGGAUACAAACUUUAUGAAUCAAUCUGAUCGCUUCUUUAAAUUGGUUGACAAUUGUUUCUCAAAACAAAAUUAAUUUCUGGCCAAACAUCAGUAUAAUGUAGCUAUUACUUUUAAGUUUUGCGUGUUAUCUAGGAUAUAAGACAUUCCCACAACAUAGCUUGAUAAUUUAACCUUUCCAACGUUAUUGCUAGUGCGAAUCAAAUGUAUGUUUCGCAAAAGCAAGAAUUUUAAAGUAGUCCCUUACAAAUUUGUUCUCAAACUUGAGAAUUAGGUACCUACCUAAAAAGUGCUCUCUUCUUCUCUGGUCGUAGCAAAUUCAACGCUAGAUAUUAGUAAAUAUAGUAGUGAAAUUAAUCAAAAUAAAAGCAACAAAUUAUCGCAAACCAAAAACGAAAUAUAAGCCAAUGGCAUAGCACCGAACAUACACACUGAUUUUUGUUUUCGACGAAUACAGCAUUCCAUCGAAUUCAUGGCCUGCACUUGACUUGACGUCAGUGAAUGCAGAUGAUUUUCGACCGUUGGUUGAUUCGUUCGUUAACAAUAAUACGCGUGAUUAGCAAACUUGCACUGAAAAUACGCAGGAUAAUGAAACGUUUCGCUUGGCAAAUACCUUACAUUCCGAUGUCACAGAAUCAACUACUAACAUGUACUUUAGAAGCAAUGAAUGCAGAUUUUGAACAAUGCCAAACAUGGAAGAAUUGCAACUUUUUUGAACUAUUUAUUCUACAUAAAGAGACCGUUACAUGACUUUAAUGUAUAUAUAAGUAUAAAGCAAAGAAAACGAAGCUUGUUUCUGCCUCUCUGUACAAGAAUAAACUUCUUAUAUUUA